UGUGGGAAGGCUUAUGCAGUGCACAGGAAAGAGAUGAUUGACUCCUCCCAGUACACCCGGAAGUGUCUGACUGCUGUGUACUAUGGGGAAAGGAGAGUAAUUCAUGGUGAAUAUCGUUGCUGGGAGCAGACAGAAGGGCUCCCUCCAUGCUGUAAGGCCAGUCCGGCCGGCCGGCGGCCCCAUGCUGACAUCAUCACAUACCAUUUAGAAACAAUAGUCCUACAUUGUACAUGAGGACGGCCGGCUGCCGGGAGUGUCGUAGAGAAGAGGUGAGCGCUGGAAGCUUGCUGGAGUGAGAAAUAAGGUCUCAUGUCUUUCCGCCGGGAACUGCGAGCGCUGCGCUACAUUCAGAAGGGAGAUGUUCUGCGACUGAAGUCUUACAUUCGCCGUCACCGCCAUCUUCAGCUCGACCAGCCACUGCCAAGUGGACAGAGCCUACUUCACACUGCCUGCUUAAUGCCCGAUAAUGCCUGCGCUCUUCUACUGCUCCGGAAAGGAGCUGACCCCCUGCAGUGCGACGCUGCGGGAAAUAACGCUCUACAUGUGGCGGCCCAGGAGAUGGAGAAGGGAGAAUGGAGAGUGUACACAGACCUGUGUGUUCCAAUUCUGAAACAUUGUCCACAGGCAAUUAACGUUCCCAAUAAGCAAGGGACAACGCCACGUCAAAUCCUCCGCCGGGCAGAAGACCUUAUGGAGAGACAUAUGAUUGAAAAAGAGAGCUCCACUGAGGUGUUCAGGAAUUCCUCAUCUAAGGAGACAACAGAGUGGAGAGAGAAGCUUUUAGCUGAGAGCAUGGAUGAAUACCAAGAGCUGUAUGGGCAGUAUGACGAUGAAGACUACGAGGAUUCUGCUCCCGAAACGGAAAGCUUUGAAUCCUGGGCCGAUCGUAUCUACAGAGAAUACCAUACUAGAAAUUGUCGCUAUGAUAAUACAGUUGUAAAGACUAAAGUUGUGACUUUGCAGGACACCUCCAGGCUUGUGGGGGAGCGGAAAUACCAAGAAAGAAAAGAACAAAUGGAGAGAGAACUGCACCAGGCUAACAGUGAUAGAUAUCACAGGAAAUGCCAGGAGGUGUUCGGGGGUGCCGGUACAAGCCAUGAGACUGACUCAAAGCAUGGCACUGGCAAUGCUGAGCCAACAGAAAAAAGUUGUGACACGACUGACAAUGAUAGUGCCCUUAACACAGAUACAAGGACGGGUAUUCGGAUGUUGAGCUACAAGGACAUCCCUUGGCCAGUUCCAGGUGGCACUGCAGAGCAGAUGGCGCGGUUCGUAGCAGCAGGUGCAGACUCCUCAGACAUCACAUCAUAUAAGCGCUACCUGCGGGCACAAAGAGUGACUUGGCAUCCGGAUCGCUUUAUGCAGAGAUGUAGCGCUCGCCUGAUGGCAAAGGACCGAGUGCGGGUGUUGGAGACUGUUACGGCUCUGUCGCAGGAAUUGAACAGACUGGCAGAACUAGAAAAGUGAUAGAUGUGGUACCACUGGUGUCUAUGGCUUUACUGGGCACUUUAAAGUAGAAUUGCAGUCUAAAACAAACCUAGUCUUAAAUUUUUUUACCUGCAAAAAAAUACAAUUAUCAAAAGGGGAACUUAUCCUUUAAAGUAUAUGUGACAGCAUCGAAUGUAAAUCACGAUAUGAGAUGCAAACACAUUUUAGAAUUACCCAGUGAUGACGUUUUCUAAAAAAAUAAAAUAAAAAAUGUUGCUGAACAAA